AUGAAUAAUUUAUGGAUUUUUAAUCAGCCAAUUUUAUUUCCAUUUAAUCACUGUUAUGAAUAUAACAUACUUGAUAAGAAUUCUAAGAUAAAUAAUACAACAAUCGAUUGUUCUGAAUAUUCAUCAUGUAUACCGUUUGGUAAUACAUCAUAUACAUUAGGUUUUGGUCAUUUAUUUUCAGGUAAUUUACAAUAUUAUCAAUUAUUUAAUCCAUAUCAUCAAUAUUAUGAAUCAUGUUCAUUUGAACUACCUCAAUGCUAUUCUAAUACAUUGCAAAUAGAUAAAAUUCAAUCACAACAGGAUCCUAUUGUUAAUUAUAAAAUUAAUGAAGCAAUGGAAAUUAUUCGUAGGAAGAUAAAAGAUGUUGAAAAACAAUAUGAUUAUUCCAUAUCAUCAAUACCUUAUCGAUCUGAUCAAAUAAUGAAUAAUUGUAAUCAGAACAAUAUUACUCAAGCAGCUACACUACUUGAACGAGCAGCUAAUGCAAUAUCUAUUGCUGCUAAUAAAUAA